CCCUCCGCGAGCGGACGUAUAAUAAGUUCGCACGCAAUAAAAUAUUACAAAAAUUAACAUAAAAUAAUGAAACGUUGCUGCGCGUACGGUUGCAAAGCAAAAAGCGGUCCCGGAACCAAAUUCUUCAAUUUCCCGGCGUGUAAGCAACGAGCGAGAGAUUGGCUACGAGCAAUAAAUCGGCCAGACAUCCUCGCCGACCUCAACGAAGACAGACGCAACCUGCUAGAUUUCUACUACGUCUGCGAAGCUCACAUCUCCAAGCGUAACAAGGACACAGGUAUCCCUGUCCUUCACAUUGUGAGCAAAGGGACAUGUACGGACCAAAACAUUAACACUAAGGAGAAAGGCACUUCAACGGAAGAUCUGGUUGAGAAUCCUAGCAAAGGUACAUCGACAAGAGAUCUGACGAUGCGUAAACUAAGUAGAACGUCUAUAGAUAUAAUUGACAUACAGCCUACAGCUUACUACGGCCCUACACAGCAUAAUGUUGCUUCUAAACCCUUAAACAAACCAAAACCGAUUGUUUCAACUAAUACGCCUCGAACCGGCUACAUAGCUCCAGCAGGCGACAUUUUUAAAACUCCAAAGCCCGUUGAAACUCAAGCUGCUAAACUAAGGAAUUUUAGAAAGAAUAUUCCCACAUUGCCUACGAUAGCUGUUCAAAAACUGCAAACGGAUAAACCUGUAGCAAUAAGUCAAUUUCCAAAUAUACAAUCAUGUGACAGAGUCAGUGAUACAGAUAAGACAGUAAUAAAAACAGAAGAGAAUGCACUAGUGCUGGAUGAUAUUGUAAUGGCUUUGUCAGAACGUCAAAGAAAUGGCCAGCAUUCAGAAUCACCUAUGGAUGGACGUAAAAUAACGUUUAAAGUUAAGAUGAGUUUGCCAUAUUUCUGUGUAGAAGACGCCACAACAUCAGAAACCAGCAUCAAACGUGAGCUUGAUGAUGAUGAUAUCGAUAUUGACGAUAAUGUUAACAUCAAAGAAAAGAGAAGUAAACCAGGAUAGUUUUAAGAGAAUCAAAAUGUAAACAGAACUAUU